AUGUCCCUUGUCCCUGUUGACACCACGCUGAAGGUGCCUCCUCCGGAUCCCGUUCAGGAACCGCCAAAAGUCGCUAUAACGCCAUGCGAAGGACUUCCCGUACGCUACUACUUUGAAGGAGGACUGCGUCGCGUCUACCCAUACCAUUACACCUACAAUACACACUGCAAGGAGCGCUGGCGAAACAGGGAGCUGAUAGAUAUCUUCACCUCUGAAUUCCGCGACCGUGAACCGGGCUACUACAGAAAGGCCCUCGAAAGCGGCAACGUCUGCGUAAACGGAAAGCCCGCGGGCCCGCACACCGUCCUCAAGAAUGGCGAAGUCAUCUCGCACACCCUCCACCGACACGAACCCCCCGUCACAGGAAACGAAAUCGGUAUCAUCCAUGAGUCCGAGGAUCUGCUCGUCAUUGACAAGCCAGCCGGCGUGCCCGUCCACUCAACGGGGCGGUACCACUACAACUCCGUCAUGGAGAUCUUGCGCAUCCAGAACGGCGGCGCGUAUGUCCCGCGCCCUUGUAACCGACUGGACCGACUUACAUCUGGUGUCAUGUUUGUCGGAAAAACGGUGCAGGGUGCCGAUCGGAUGACUGUUAAGCUGAGGGAGCGGACGGUACAGAAGGAAUACGUUGCGCGCGUGAAGGGGCGGUUCCCGGACGGGGUGACGGUUGUCGACCAACCCAUCAUGAGCGUGAGCCCGAAAGUCGGCCUGAACCGCGUCCGCGCCACAGGGAAGGAAGCGAAGACAAAGUUCAGACGGUUGGCGUAUUAUCCACCGCCGUCCCCUACGACCCCUCCGGCGGAGGGCGAAGGCGAUAGGCCCGCAACACCGCCGCCCUCUUACGUCAACGAAAGCGAAGGCUACAGCAUCGUGCACUGCUUCCCGCUUACCGGGCGGACGCACCAGAUCCGCGUGCAUUUGCAGUUUCUGGGACACCCGAUCAGCAAUGAUCCGAUUUACAGUAAUCGGCGGGUGUUUGGGCCGGAGCUCGGGAAGGAUGAUGACAGCGCUGAGAUGGAUGACGAGAUUGUCGAACGCCUGAUGGCAAUGGGGCGGACGGAGGUUCCUGAUAUUGGGCCUGUCGAGGCGAAGAAGACGAAACCGUCUGAGACGGAGACGCCCAAAGAACUCUCAUCGCCCGAGCCCGCGCAAGAACAAGAACAAGAACAACAGAAACCAUCAUCAGGCCAAGGCUCCACCUCCGAAAAGAAAGAACAAGCCUCCUACCGCACGCACUUCACAACACCGCCCCUCCUACCCCCUGGAACAUCGCCAUCCGUUGUGGAAGCAAUAAUGACAAAAGAGCACGAGGAGGCCGUAGCCACCUACGAACGCCGCAAAGGCGAGCGAUUGUCAGGAGAGAAGUGCGACGUCUGCGGCACAGAACUCUACACGGACCCGGGCGUCCACGAGCUCGGCAUCUUCCUGCACGCCGUCGCGUACGGCGAUGCGCACGGGGAAUGGAAGUACCGCAGUAAGAUGCCGAGCUGGGCAAGACCGCCUAGGGGCGUGGAGGGGCCGACGGGGGUGCCGGAGUGGGUUGAGGAUGUGGAAAAUGAGGUUGUUUAUGGGGAUGGCGUUGUGAGGGAGUUUGGGGUUGAGGAUGAGGGGGUUGGGCAGGGUGGGAAGUCGGGGAAGAAGGGGAAGGGCAGUGUAAGUGUUGCGGCGCUUGUUGAGGGGGUGGGGAUGGUUGAUAUUUCGGAGAAGAGGCAGGCUGAGGAGAUUGCUGCUUCUGCUGCUGCUGGUGAGAGUGCGUGA